AUGAAUUUUAGUAAUGACUUCAAUGUGAUAAACUCAUCUUGUUCUGCUGUCGACGGAGGUUAUUCUGAUGAUACAGAGAGUAUGGUAAAUCAUGCAAGAAGUUCACCAAUGAAUGCAAGUAUAAGUAAUACAAGUAUGGAUACUAUAGCAACAGCAGCAACAACUACAACACCGAUGAUGAGAACCAAUGAUGAUGAUGAUGAUGAUGAUGAUGAAAAAGACGAUAAUGAAAGUUUGAAUGAUACCAAUUCACAUACAACUGUAGAUGAUGACUUAAUGAACAGCUACGCCGCUUCACUAGGCAUUGAUGAUGACGAUGAUAAUGAUAAUGAUAUUAUUAGUCUGAAAGAUAACCACAAUCAUCAUUACACAUCAAAAUGUCAACGGAUUUCAAAUGAUUUCGGAUCGAAAAAAUUGGAUAAACAGGUGACCUUUCAAGAUGUCGUUGAAAUUUCAACAAUUUAUUCAAUAGUCAAUGAAUCACAGGAAUCUAUUUCACAUAAUUAUGAAGAUGAUAUUGAUGAUGAGGAAGAAGGAGAGGGAUUGAUGAGUAAAAAUGAGCACAAUGUAAAAAAGAUGUAUGAACAAAUAACUUGUAAGGAGAACAAAGUCAGAGGCAGAGAAAAAAAUCCAGAUAGUGGCCAAAUGGUUUCAGACAAAGACUUGCUAACUGUAAGUAAUGUUGAUAUGUUAAUUGAGUUCAAAUGA